GUUUGCUGCCGCCGUUAAACGAAAAAGAAGAAGAAGAAAGCUCGUGAAGGAGUCAACAUGGGUACUCGGUUGAAGGUCCUUGGCGUGUUUAAAUCGCUACACAGGACAAGGCAAGCCGUUUUUAAAGAUGACGAGAGAGCACUGGCAGCUGCAAGAUUAAAGAUUAAUGAAGAGUUCAAGAAAAACAAAAAUGAAACUUCUCCUGAAAACAUUCAAAAGAUGAUUAAAAUGGGCUCAGAUGUGGAGGUUGUUCUUCGAGAAACUGUGCUACAAGUGGAACAUAUUGGAGAAAAUACAUUAUUACUAAAACCCAGAGAGGGCCUUCUACUGGAAAAUGUACCCUAUUGUGACGAGCCCAGGAAAAAGUCAUGACAGGCCAUCGAACAUCUUCAAUAUCAAGAAAGAGACUUGCUAUCGGCUAUCACCAUCAAUCUGCUUUUAGGAAUAUUUCAACAAAACAUUUCAAGCUGUAUUUGGGUCUCCAGAAGGAAUACUAUUCCAUGAUCACUAGUAAAGUCAAUGAAGAUUUCAUCUGCUGUGCCAUAAGAAUUCUGUGAAACAAAUGGCAUAAAUGUAUGUACAGUAUUUAUGAAAUGUAAUCAAAAUGUUUUUUUUUUUCUUGCUGUGACACCACUGAAAAAAGUUCCACUGUGUUCUUAAUAAAGAGGGAUAUUCUAUGAUA